GAAGGGGAUGGUUCUGGGGUCCUGGAACUGAGUGGAGCAGAGGUCCAUUCCGUAGCUGGUCAGAGGAAGUCUUGGAGGCCAUGGACACUCAGCCACUGGGAUUUCCGAGAUGAGCAGCAGCUGCACAGGGCUGAGCAGGGUCCUGGUGGCCGUGGCUGCAGCCCUGGUGUCUUCUUCCUCCCCCUGCCCCCAGGCCUGGGGUCCCCCAGGGGUCCAGUAUGGGCAGCCUGGCAGGUCGGUGAUACUGUGUUGUCCUGGAGUGAGUGCUGGGACCCCGGUGUCCUGGUUUCGUGAUGGGGAGUCAAGGCUGCUCAAGGGGCCUGAUUCUGAACUAGGGCAUGAACUGAUCCUGGCCCAGGUGGACAGCGCUGAUGAGGGCACUUACAUCUGCCACACCCUGGAUGGUGCACUUGGGGGCACAGUGACCCUGAAGCUGGGCUUUCCCCCAGCUCGUCCUGUGGUCUCAUGCCAAGCAGCCGACUAUGAAAACUUCUCCUGUACUUGGAGUCCCAGCCAGGUCAGCGGUUUGCCCACCCGCUACCUCACCUCCUACAGGAAGAAGACCAUGCCAGGAGCUGAGAGUCAGAGAAUGAGUCCAUCCACAGGACCCUGGCCGUGCCCACAGGACCCUCUAGGGGCUGCCCGCUGUGUGGUCCAUGGGGCAGAGUUCUGGAGCCAGUACCGGAUUAAUGUGACUGAGGUGAACCCACUGGGCGCCAGCACACGUCUUCUGGAUGUCAGCUUGCAGAGUAUCUUGCGUCCUGACCCACCCCAGGGGCUGCGGGUAGAGUCAGUACCUGGUUACCCCCGACGCCUGCGUGCCAGCUGGACAUAUCCUGCCACCUGGCCCCGCCAGCCCCACUUCCUGCUCAAGUUUCGGUUGCAGUACCGUCCAGCACAGCAUCCAACCUGGUCCACGAUGGAGCCCACUGGCUUGGAGGAGGUGAUCACAGACGCUGUGGCUGGGCUGCCUCAUGCAGUUCGUGUCAGUGCCAGGGACUUUCUGGAUGCUGGCACCUGGAGUGCCUGGAGCCCGGAGGCCUGGGGCACUCCUAGCACUGGUCCCUUGCAGAAUGAGCUAUCUGUUGGGAGCCAGCUACACAUGCUGCAGCAGGAGGCAGUAGCCCAGGAGGACAGCCCCACUCCUUCAAGGCCUUCGCUGAAGCCAGACCCACAGCCACUUGAUCAAAGGGACCCCUUGGAGCAAGUGGCUGUGCUGGCACCUUUGGGGAUCUUCUCUUUCCUGGGACUGGCUGCUGGGGCUCUGGCCCUGGGACUCUGGCUGAGGCUGAGACGGGGUGGGAAAGAUGGACCUCAAAAGCCUGGGUUAUUGGCCCCGAUGAUUCCAGUGGACAAGCUUCCAAGAGCUGCAAACCUGUAGAGGACCCAGGAGAACUUCAGCUGAAUUCACCUGUAAUCAUGUCAUGCUAGGGUGCCUAUGUGGACACACGGAACCAACCAGAGCAGUAGAUCUCUAUGGAUGAAUGUUUCAGCUGGAAGUUCUGAGCCCAUUUCUUUGAAAUUUGCCAGCUGAAAGGUGUCUGGAACUCUGAUGUCAUCCCAGAGGUGGAAAUCCACCUGAGGAGUGUAUGUAGGUGUGCAUGUCUGUGUCCAUAUGGGACCAAGUGUAUGUGAGAAAGGGAGCAUGUAUUCUCUGAUGUGUGUAUGUUGGUGCUUGAAGAAUGUAUGUGGGUCCUUAGCUCUUGGCUUUGGGGCCCUUUAGGGACUGUGAAGAGUUGAAAUAAAGACCAAGGAAGAGUUUUGGA